GCACAUACAUACACUUCUCUGUACCUCGUCUUGGAGAGCGAACUCACUCGUGCUGUCCUUGUUGAGCAGCUGUGUAGUGCAUGCCUGCUUGGUCGCCGAGGGGAGUGGUGGUGUCGGCUGGCCGGCUGCUGUGACCGAGUCGUGGUGGCAUUGGUGAUGGCGGAGGCUGACCGGGUACGCCUCCGCGCGGCGGCUCUCACGCUCGACGGCGGGGUCGUCUGGGACAAGCCGGACAAGAAGACGGACUUGUUCGCGCAUCUUGGCUCGCCGGUGUCGCCGCUGCGCCUGCGGCCGGCCACGACGUCUUCGUCGUCGUCGUCCGCUGGGUCGGCCAAGUCGCCGGCGCUGGGAAAUGCGGCAGCGGUGGCUGUGGGGAUAGGAGGUCGGGGGAAUCACUCGGGUGAGCUCGUGGCGGAGAGCAACCCGCCACGGCCGCUGAGGCACCGGCGCAGCGGAUCUGGGCCGCUGAUCUUUUCCGGCGGCAGCAGCAGCGCGGGGAGUGGAGGAGGAGGAGGCUGCGGCAGCGGGAGCACCGCGAGCUCGCAGCUGACCAAUGCGCUCCCCACCGGCAACAUCUUCCCGUCUGGACGUGUCGCGGGGGCGGCGGCUGCGCCGCAACCGCCACGCACUCGGCCGGUCGUGCUUGGAUCCGGCACCGGGCACUACGGCCACGGCAACAUCAUGAGGUGCGGCGGAGGAGGCGGAGGCAUGGCUCCCUCAAGAAGCAGCAUUGACGCCACCCUGUUCCACAGCAACUCCUCGAGGUCUCCGGCGAGCUGCCCGGCGCCACCGGGCAGCGGUGGUGGUCUCCAGGAGGUGACUCGCGCCGGGAACGAGUGGUACAAGAAGGGCCGGUACGGCGAGGCGCUGCAGCACUACGACCGUGCCCUGGCGCUGUGCCCGGACAGCGCCGCGUGCCGCGGCAACCGUGCUGCCGCGCUCAUCGGGCUCGGUCGCCUAGCAGAAGCCCUUAGCGAGUGUGAGGAGGCCGUCCGCCUCGACCCGGCGAGCGCCCGUGCGCAUGGCCGCCUCGCUGGACUAUGCCUCCGUCUUGGGAUGGUUGACAAAGCAAGAAUGCAUUUUACGCUGGUUGGGAAUGCAAACCUGUCUGAUCCUGCUGAGUGGCAGAAGCUGCAUGAGGUGGAAAGCCAUCAAGAGAGAUGCAUGGAUGCAAGGAAAACUAGAGACUGGAAGAGUGCGCUAAGGGAAGCAGAUGCGGCCAUUGCCAACGGAGCAGACUCCUCUCAAUUGCUUCUUGCCUUGAGGUCGGAAGCACUUCUUCGGCUGCACAAAUUCGAAGAGGCUGAUUCAACUAUUGCAAGCUUGUUGAAAUUGGACAAUGCAUCACUACCGUCAAUGCCAACCAAACUCUCAGGCAUGGCAGCUGAUUCAUAUGUACAUAUUGUCCAAGCCCAGGUCAACAUGGCAUUUGGAAGGUACAACUAUCAAAUCUUGAGAAUUCUGAUAAUUUUUCUUUUCUUGGUUCUAACAACACAAGUAUUGAAAUUGGUUUUCUGCAGGUUUGAUUCAGCUGUUGCAUUGGCUGAGAAGGCUAGGCUUAUUGAUCCUGGAAACUCAGAGGUUGGAGUGAUUCUGAAUAACGUGAGGUUAGUUGCAAGGGCUCGAUCCCAGGGGAAUGACCUUUUUAAGGCAGGCAAGUUUGCCGAGGCAUCUAUAGCAUAUGGUGAAGGGCUUAAACAUGAGCCCUCAAACCCAGUACUAUACUGCAAUCGGGCAGCUUGCUGGUCGAAGUUAGGCUGGUGGGCGAAAGCUAUUGAGGACUGCAAUGAGGCCCUAAGAGUCCAACCUAACUACACAAAGGCUCUGUUAAGACGUGCAGCAUCCUAUGCAAAGCUUGAGCGUUGGGCUGAUUGUGUGCGGGACUAUGAGGUGCUUCACAAGGAUCUUCCUGGUGACACAGAGGUUACGGAGUCCUUGUUCCAUGCCCAAGUCGCAUUGAAGACAACCCGUGGAGAGGAGGUGUCGAAUAUGAAGUUUGGAGGCGAGGUUGAGGCAGUUACCAGCUUAGAGCAACUCCAAGAUGCUAUGUGUUUGCCUGGGGUAUCUGUUCUUUACUUCAUGUCAACAACGAAUCGGCAAUGUGCACAGAUUACUUCAUCUGUGGACUCCCUUUGCACCGAAUGCCCUUCAGUGAAUUUCUUUAAGGUAAAUGUUGAUGAGAGCCCAGCGGUAGCCAGGGCAGAGAAUGUGCACGUAGUCCCAACCCUCAAGAUUUACAAGGAUGGUGCAAGAGUGAAGGAGAUGAUCUGCCCUAGCUUACAAGUUCUGCGCUAUUCGGUGCGGCACUAUGCUGUCUCCAGCUCUUGAGGUCUUACCAGUGGCACUCUUAGUUCUUUGAUGCAUUUCACCAACAAAUUGGUCCUAUAUAAUAUCAGCCUCCACAACAUUUCACCAGCUUGGUAUAUUCCCGGUUAGACAUGUUGUGCUAAGCUUGGUCUACAAAAGAACCUCCUGUGCAUUUCCCCCUUCCGUGUGUUGCUACACCUUCCGACCCUUCAUUUGGCCAACAUUAUUCAGUCCUUGGAUCAUUUAGUCUCUUCUGUUUGCAACUAUUUCUACCCCACCAUUUGACUAACCUCGAGCGAUUCUUUCAUCUCACACUCUGCCAUCUCAUGCAUUUGAUCAUUGUGCUUCACCACUAGAUGACCAUUCCUCAAGAAAGGCUCCUUUUGAAGUUGCUUAGAUGCAUGUCGUUGUUAGAGAGGGGAACAAAUCAGAGUCCGGUUGGUUUUCUCUGUUACAUGUCCAUAUACCUUAUAGCAAUACAUCAACCCAUUGAUAGAUUGGUUUCCUUUGGAGAAAAGGCAGUACCGGUUUUUGGCGGCGGAUGGAGAGUACAGGUCUAGUUGCCAUUGUAGAGAGAAAGAUUAAGAAAGACAAAUGUAAUUGCACGGUAGAGGGAUAAAAGGAGGAGGUGGCUGCUGUCAUUUGCAUAUAUGUCUUGCGAUCUGUGGCGCUGAUACAUAGUUCAUGCUGACAUUAAUUGGUUUCUAUGAAUAAAGAUAGCCCGACAUUCUUUGUCAUUUUUA